GCAGAGCGGCAGUUCGGGCGCUGCCGAUGAUAAUACCGAACGCACUGAGACUAAGCAGCAGCCUCGGAUCAGCAGUAGAUUUACUGAGCUGCCGUGGACUGGACGGAUUUGGGGGGGAGACUCCGUGCGUAAAGAAAAGAAAAGAAAAGUACAUAUUUUUAGCUGGUUCCUCUUUAAUUGGGAAAAAAAGUUGUAUCCGCAUAGAAAAGGCGACCUGAUACACGCAGAACACAUUCGGUGCUGAAGGAAAUAUUGUACCAGGGACUGGUUGUAAAGAACAUCUUGUGUGAGAAAGUGCAGUAGAAGAGGCCGAGAAAGGAGUGAGGUCUUGGGAUGAAAACUCACUGCCAUUUCCUUCUCUCCCCCAAACCUCCAGCAGGAGUACACUGGGCAGCACUCUGAGAUUGCGUGGUGUGUCUGACACCAUCGGGCUGCCAUGGCUCUGGUUCAGGCACUACCUGUGACCGUGACUGACCACCCCAGUCCAGGUGUCGACAUCCAGCCACUACCAUCCCAUUCACCCUCAGGCCCUUGUGGGCCCUGUAGCCCUGGGACAGUCAUGGGUUCUGUCAGCAGUCUCAUAUCGGGCCGGACAUUCCAGGAGAGACACUGCCAGGCUGCCAGCGAAUUCAUCAUCAAGCCACGGCGUUCCACGCCGGCUACCAGCUGUUUCCGGCUCCAGGAUAACACCCUGCGCAGUGGGAGCUCCCUUGAGCAGCUGCUGGUUGUCAGCAACCAAACGCAGUCUCAGGCCCAGGUUCUGCCUCCACCACUGCCCACCAAGAAGCAGCCUCGGCCUGGUAACUCUGCUGGGGCAAGUGGGGGUGGAACGGUUGCUGGAGCUGUUGGUGGUGGCACUAAUGGGAACCUUGGGUAUGUGAGCAAUAAAUUGGUAGUUGGAGACUGGAACGACAAUCUAGUGGUGGCAGCCGCAAGCCCCUGCAGUGACACGGAGGACCAAAGGGACAACAGGACUUUGAACAGCAACAUUGGGGGGCCUCCACCCAAACUCAUCCCAGUGUCAGGACAGUUAGAGAAGAAUAUGGAGAAAGUGCUAAUUCGUCCUACAGCGUUCAAACCUGUCGUUCCAAAGAAUCGUCACUCGGUGCAGUAUCUGUCACCACGGCCAGGCGGCAGCAGUCUGACAGAGAGCCAGGCCAGCCUCAACCUUGUGCUGCCCCCCGGAGGAUCCAACAGCACCAGCGGAGCGAACGGCAACAGAGGGAGUAGCAGUUCUAGCUGUGAGGGCAAGCGCAAUUCCUACACUGGAGGUCGCAAUGCUCGGAAUAGCCAGUCCUGCUCCAUGUCAGAUUCAGGGAGGAAUUCCCUCUCCAGCCUCCCUACUCACAGCAGUACAGGCUACAGUUUGGCCCCCAGUGAGGGCUCAAACUCUGGAUCUGGCUCUGGGGGCCGGCUGGAGCCCGUCACCGGCCUGGGCCAGAACACUUCAGGUGGAAGUGGGUCACACCAUGGUCACACAAACUCAGACAGUGGGCGUUCCUCAUCCAGCAAGAGCACAGGCUCAGGUUCACUCAGUGGGCGUGGGCAGCCCCUGUCGGACAGCGGAUCCUGUGGCCACUCACCACCACCGGCGGAGGGUUAUGAGGUGGUGGUGAGGGAGCUGGAAGACAAGCUGAGGGAACGAGACCUGGAGCUCCAGCAACUGCGGGAAAAUCUGGAUGAGAAUGAAGCUGCCAUUUGCCAGGUAUACGAGGAAAAGCAGCGUCGCUGUGAAAGAGAGAUGGAAGAGCUGAGACAGAGCUGUGCAAUGAAGAUGAAGCAGGCUUCUCAGAAGGCCCAGAGGGCACAGCAGGUGCUACAGUUACAGGUAUUUCAACUACAGCAGGAAAAAAAGAAGCUGCAGGAGGACUUUUCCACUCUGCUGCAGGACAGAGAGAUGCUGGAAAAGAGGUACGCCACCAUUCAGAGGGAGCAGACCCAGCUGGGGCCACGUCUGGAAGAGACGAAGUGGGAGGUGUGUCAGAAGUCAGGAGAGAUCUCCCUCCUAAAGCAGCAGCUGAAGGAGAUCCAGUCAGAGCUCAGCCAGAAGGCCGGAGAGCUUGUGGUCCUGAAGGCUCAGCUAAGAGAAGCCAGAUCUGAACUGCAAGCCAGCCAGGUUCGAUCCCAGGAGGCCCAGAUGGCCCUGCGGACACGAUCUUUGGAGCUGGAAGUCUGCGAGAACGAACUCCAAAGACGCAAGAGUGAAGCUGAGCUGCUGCGGGAGAAAGUGGGCUGUUUGGAAGAGGAGUCAACCCGGCUCCGUGACACUCUCCCCAGUCACAGUGUACCGUGUCACAGUGCAAAUGCAACCACGAAGGGGCAGAGCAUGAGCCUAUCACUCCAACUGGGUAGAGGUAUGACAGGAAGGGGUGGCCCCAGUCCCUCCAUGUACCGUAAUGGAGAGGAAACUCAUCUGGUCUGGGGAGGAGAGAGUGAUGAAGCCAAGACACAAAGGCAGAAUGCAGAAACACUGUUUGCACUCAGACAGCAGGUGGACAGGCUGAAGGCUGAGCUCUUGUACGAGAGGAGGACGAGUGAAGAGCAACUGUCACGUUUUGAGGAUGAGCGGAGAGUAUGGCAGGAGGAGAAGGAAAAGGUAAUCUGCUACCAGAAACAGCUGCAGCAGAACUACAUCCAGAUGUAUCGUCGAAACCGGGAUCUCGAGCGAGUGAUGAGGGAGCUGAGCCUGGAGCUGGAGAACAGGGUCAUGGAGGACUAUGAGAUCCACAGCGGCAGCAAUGACAUCAACUUUGAAGAAAUCACCGCCACUGAGAUCUAAACACACACAGUAACAUGCGCACAAAAAUACACGGGAACACAAUUCACAAAAGACACAGAAGAUGUAAACCAAACAUCAACCUCUAGGCCAAAUACCGCACUAUAUUCAACUUGACUUUACCUGGACCACUGAGCGACCACUCGUCACUGUCAAAAGGGAGAUCUCUCUAAAGGUGCAUUGUUACUUUCUGCAAACAGAACAAUUGGAAUAAGUCUUUAUAAGGUGUCCCCCCCCUCCCAGCGCUUUUAGUAGGCUUAAUUCCAGUACAAAGCCCGCACAGAGACUUCUUUCCUUUGUGGAAGCAAAAGCAGUGAAAAAGUUUGUUUUUGUUUUUUGUUUCCCCCUCAGAGCACAUUCAAAUCAGAGUAUCAAACAUCACCAAAAAAUUCAAGCAAAAAAAUUUUUAGCACAUGCACAGCAAUCUGGUCACACCUUUUUUGGUAGUACACGGGACUAAAUAGCCGCCCACCAGCAUGCAUGUUAAGAUACGUCUUGACGGUAGUCCCAUCAACACCAUCACUGCUGGCUUUUAAGGAUGACCUCAUCACCCAUCCAAACUAUGCUAAAGGGAAAGUAACACCAAAUACUGCAACGUUUGCCGUUUGUACUUGAUGUUCAGAGGAUCGGAAGUUUAUUUCAUUUUACACAAAGGAAGAAGAAUGUUUUUGUUCUUGUGCUCAUUCUAGAGGCAUUUCCUCAGCAGUGCAUAUUUGAAAAAGAAUGUAUUGUGAUCACUGUUGCCACUCCAGAGAAAUGCAAUGUAAAUGGUCAUUGCUAGUAAUGAAAAAUCUGCUCAACAAGGGAAAUAUACUUUUUUGCACAACUUUCCUGCUUUCUUUUGUAUUAGAUUCUUGUGAAGCAACUAACUAACUCUAAACUGAGCAGUUUUGAAAAUGUGGCUCUAGGUUUUCAUACAUGUGGACAACUCAUUCUCAAACUACAGGGCACAUAAGAAACCAAACAUUCAUAGGAAGUGCUUUAUUUGAGCACAGCUGAUGUUUUUAGACCACCAACAGUCAUGCACUUAAUGUGUCAAUUCAUUCUGGCAAUGCAGCAAGCUCUGACAUAAAUAUUUACAAGUAUGUAGCACUAGAAAGCAGACGGUAGCAUGGGAAACAUCACCAGGAUGUUGCUGAUUUUUAUUUCUCUCUUGCUUUCUGCCUUUGUCUCUUUGUUGCUCUCUUUCCAUGUCUGUCUCUGCUUCUAACUCAACUAUUUUUGUACACCUCAGUAUCAGGAAACUAAAAAUGGAGCUAAUUCUCUCAGUUUGGUCAUGACGCUGCUGAGAGAUUUAAGAUGGUGUUUGAACUGUAGGCACGCUUACUCAGUUUCCAUUUAUUCCCCUUCAUUUCCAUUAGUGCUCUUUAUUUAGCUUUUGGCAGCCCAAAGCCAAAUAACACUUUCAAAGUCUUCCUCAUCUCCCCUAGACUCUAAUCUUCACCGACUGCUAUACAGGUAGUGAGACUGGCAUCUCUGCAUGUCUUUGUUAUAUCAGAUUUCAGAGGAAGCUGGUUUAGAUAGCGGUGAAAUGAGAAUUUGCAGAUGCAGUAGCCUCAGUGCUGAAUGUCCUCAAGGCAGGUCAGCUGUUAAAGCCCUACAGUAAAUAGUUUACGCAGGGCUGGGUGUAACACUGAGCAGAAAAAAGGUAGAGGGCUGAGAACUUUUCUUUUACAGAGAAUAUAUCAAGGAAUAAUAGUUAAUUGAAAAUCUAUAUAAUGGAGGAGAUGUAUAUUUUUUUAUAUGUAGCACCUGAAGAUAUUUUGGUGUAGUACUGGUUUAAGUGUGGGUUUAAUAUACAAAGUAUAAAGACAUAUAUAGAUAUAUAUCUAUCACAUACCAAUAUUUCAAAUGGAUUAAUUAGAAAUGGAGGCAGCAGGUUAGAAAGAGUGCACCUAAUACUGUAACGCAUGAAAAUCUGUUUACAUUAUACAAUCUGUGUGACACAAACGUACACUAUCUGAUGACCAACUUUUGCAGCUGACAAAGAAACUGGGAGCUUUUAUUCCAGGCUACGUUUUGACCUGUUGUCUCUCCAUUUGAUUAAUCUCUCACUUGAUUAUCAGUAUCAUAAUAUCACACACUGAUCCAUGUCUUUGUUGUUGGGUUUUGUGCACAUCAUUCAUUUAACUGCACGAGACGGGCCAUGUUGAGGGACGUCUUCAUUAAGUUGAGGCCAGAGGUGAUGCAAACCAAGAAAGGGUUAUGUUUCCUAUACUUAGAAAUUUGAUUGAACCACUUUCAGAAAACUUCAUUGGUGAAUCCAAGAUCGGUGAAUAUUUUGCACGGCCUUACCACAUUCGCUGUGGUUUGAGAGAUGGUGUAGAGCUGGGGUGGGCAAUUCCCGUCCUCGAGGGCCGCUGUCCUGCUUGUUUUCCAACUAUCCCUGCCUGA